AUGUCUCAUCCGUCUUCUUCAGAAUUCGAUAUCAUUUUUGCUGGAGGGGGUACUACAGCUUGCGUUGUCGCAGGUCGCCUGGCUGCAUGCGAUCCCUCGCUCAGGAUCCUAAUUUUGGAAGGGGGUCAACACACCCUCAAUAAAGCUGCUCAUGUUCAGCCCUACCAAUAUCCCACCCAUGUGGCGCCCACCAGUACCACGAUGACGUUGUACGUUGGGAAUUCCACUCCAAGUCUCAACGGUCGUGCACCGAUGGUCCCGUGCGGCCGUUGCGUUGGUGGAGGAUCAAAUGUGAAUGUUAUGUUAUACACCCGUGCGCCUGCCUCAGAUUUCGAUGAUUGGGGAGUCGAUGGUUGGGAAUCUGAGAAUUUAAUCCCGCUCAUGAAGAAGCUGGAGACAUACGAGGUGCAGCCUGACCGUCCAACUCACGGAUACAGUGGGCCUAUCAAGGUUUCAUCUGGUGGGCGCAAACUUGCCGUCUGCGAAGAGUUCAUCCAUGUUGGCACGACGUAUCACAAGAGGCCAUAUGCCGAAGACACCGAGGAUUUAGAAACAUGCAACACAUAUAGUCCAUGGGCGAAAUACAUUGACGGGACAACAGGAAGGCGUUCCGAUGCGGCCCACAACUAUGUCUACAACCAAGCUCACAACACGAAUUUACAACUGUGGGUCGGUAAGCGCGUGAAGCGUGUCAUCUUCGAGGGCAAGCGUGCUGUAGGUGUUGAGUUCACCAGCGACCCAGUGUCUUGCCCGGACGCGGAUCAGUUGUCGAGCACUGUGAGAGCAUCGAAGCUUAUUGUUGUAUCUGCUGGGGCAUUCGGGUCUCCGGCCAUUCUCGAGAGGUCUGGGAUCGGUGCUGAGGCAGUACUCAAGCAGUGUCGUAUCGAGCAACUGGUGAACUUACCUGGCGUCGGAGAAAAUUAUCGAGAUCACGAUGGCGCAUUUCUCCCAUAUUUUGCUGCCGAUGAUAUUGAUACCUUAGACCCCCUCUGGCGUGGGGAGGAGAGUGUUUUACAGGAAAACCUUUUGCAAUGGAAAGUCGAUGGCAAGUCACUAAUUGCCCAAAAUGGCAGCGAUGCAAGGAUAAAGUGGCGUCCUGACGACGACGAGCUGGAGGCCAUGGGUCCAGCUUUUCAACCACGAUGGAAGGAGUUCUUCCAGGACCGCCCAGACAAGGCUGUUGCAAUAUUCGGUGUCUUCGCUGGGUACGCUGGAACACUCAUGUUUGACCUCCCCCCUCGCAAUUACUUAGCUUCCUGCUGUUAUACGCUGUACCCCGCAUCUGCCGGCAGUGUUCAUAUCAAAUUGGGAGAGAAUGGCAAGGAAGAAAUUGACUUCGCUACCGGCUCCCUAGAUGAUCCAUCCGAUAUCAUACCUCUUAAUGUUGGGUACAAAAGGGUGCGCGAAAUACUUCGACGCAUGCCUUCCUACAGAGGUGAAGUCCCCGCCGGUCAUCCUUAUUUCCCAGAGGGAAGCGAUGCAGUCUGCGGAGAAGUGGCCGGACCAGUGGACUUGAACGCGCCUGACAUCAUCUACACUGCAGAAGAUGACGAGGUGAUUGACAAAUUCCAUCGUGACAAUUGUAUGUCAUAUUCCCAUCGUUAUCUCGGGACUUGCGCCAUGAAACCGAGGGCAGAUCAAGGAGUCGUUGACGCUCGGCUAAACGUGUACGGUGUGACGAACCUCAAGGUUGCGGAUAUGUCUAUCGCGCCAAAAAAUGUUGGCACGAACACGUGUUCGACAGCACUUCUCAUUGGAGAGAAGGCUGCAAUGAUCAUUGCGGAAGACCUGGGUAUUGAUUGCAAACUAUGA